CACCGAGUACAAGUGGCUGCUUGCCAGCACUCUUCAAACUUUGCGAGCUAUUGUGAGGCUCCAAAGGGACCUCAAGAUGGAGAACAUUAUGCUGGAUGAGAAGAGGAAAAACUUGAAGAUUACCCCACUUGGAUCACCGGAGUAUGCCGCUCCAGAGCUCUUCAUUACUGACCAGGAGUACGGUCCAGAGGUGGACAUAUGGAGUCUGGAGGCUGCCUUCUCCACACCAUACUCGGAGAACAGGCGACAGCGACUGAUGCAGCAAAUCCAGAACGGACUGGGUGUCAUCCAUGCAGGGAGAUGGCUCAUCUAUCUGAUGGUACAUUUUGAUUUGAAGAUCAAACCAUAG